UGACGUACUAACGUCGCAAAAACUAUAACCUAAAAAUUCAGUAAUCUAUUACCUCAUAACUGAAUCUGGUACGAAAAAGAGUCCAUUUCUAGUACUUAUAAUAAAUUUUAACCCAGGAACAUCACUGUUUACGACUUAACGAGAACAAUCAUAUAACGACUGUUAUGUAAUACCUAUAUGACUCACUCUAGUGAAAAUGACUACUGAACCAAUGCUCUUAUACCUUGGAAAAGUUGAUAGCUUUUGUACUGAUGAUAAUGUGGAUUCUUCUCCAAGUAUACCAUAUUUUGGCUAUGGUUUGUGGCGGUCGCCUGUUUUGGAGUCAACGAUUCGUCUUGAUUUAGAAAAAUUUGUUCUGCAUAGUAAUGAUAAGCCCAAUUCAGGGACAAUAAAUAGAGCAAUUUUAAAGGCAUUCGAUCAGUUCAAAUUACAGGAAAGAGUCAAAAUUCUUCAUUUAAUUGAUGUUUUUGAAAGAAAAGAUUUAGAUAUAUGGCCAAUGCCUUCUGGUUUACCAUGGUGUGAUAUGGGCUAUAAAACAAAAGAUGCAAUACGUGAAGAUCCUGAUGCCAUACGUAGGGUGAGAAAGUUUGCCCAUUUACUUAAGAACGGAGAGGUCAUUACCUUCCCUGACUGUAUAGCUCAUUUGCGUACUCAUACUUCUGAAGUAGGGCAAACAGAAACACGGGCAGUCUGGUAUUAUCCUGCUACUGUUACAUUUAUAGAGGCAAUAUUUGCUAUACCACUACUUGAGAGAUUUAAGAAUCUGCCAGAAGACUUGAAGCCUAUUGCUUAUGGAUUUGAAACAGCAACUGGUGGGAUACAGAAAUUACGUGAUAGAUUCAAAAAACCAGAUAUUUAUUACACGCAAAUAUAUUUUAAAAAUUUUGAUCAAACUGUGCCAGCCUGGUUGAUAAGUUCAUCAUUUUAUAUUUUGAUGAGUAAUAUAAACUUUUGUGAAUAUGAAAGUUAUGGAAUCCCAGAUGCUAGUAAGAUGCAUUCAUUAUAUAUGUUGAUUCAAAAAUAUUUUAUUGAAACAACAAUUCGGACUACUGAGGGAUUGCGAUUUCAGAAGUUUUCUGGUCUAGCAAGAGGCAGUUACUUUACUCAGUUGAUUGGUUCAGUCGUUAAUUUUAUCCUAAUCAACUGACUGUCAUUAGAGCAGUUUAGAGCAUUCCCAGUUGAUUCCAUAUUCUUAGGUGGAGAUUCACUAAUCUCGUCAUCAAAACCUUGGAAUCUGGAAUUUUGUGAAAAAUGUGUGAAAGACAUCGGUAUGGAGAUUGAUUUGGAGAGGAGCACGCAGAGUAAAAGUAUGGAUACUAUCAAGUUCCUCAAUUUUCAAUUUGGCGAUGGAUAGCUGAAUGAAAGUCACAAAUAACGACUGCAUUAUUCUUUACAAAAAAAUUAACAUAUUAAACCUUAUCACAGAUCUGAUCAUUUUUAUUAAAAUAUAAGGAAAAAGUAA